AUGCAGUCAUUGAAUGGGUUGGGAGCGUGGGGUGGUUUCGGAUGUAAUCUUCAGCUUGGACCGUCACAACGACGGAGCGUCGUAAGGAGAUCUACUGGUCAGCUUUGUCGUCCAAAUUCAUAUUCGGCUGUGGUCAAUCAAAUUGGCAAGGAGCACAUAAAAAGCAUCACCCUCUCCCUUUCAUAUGUCGUCGUGCUAUUCGUCGCGAUCGUUUCCACAUUACUCUUAACGGUCAAAUCACUGUUUCCAUUGUACCCAGUACGGGAAGGAUGUACAUCCAAGAGCGUGGAUUUCGUACAAGGCGAGCUGGAAGUGUUGGAGUUGGCGGCAUGGAGCAUUUUUACUGACAUGCUCGGUGUAACAAAGAAGAACAAAGAAGAUACGGUUGAUGGGUGGAAUCAAUACGACACUGAUCUAAAGAAGUUGCCCGAGGCGCAACAGAAAACUUACACUGACGGGUUCGUAAAAGGUCUUCUGGCGUCAAAGUCACAGAAUUCUACGCCGCCGAAAAAAUCGAAUACACUUACUCGUUUUUACAUAUUUUUGGCAGCAUGUAUAUUUCUUGGAUACUUGAGUGGCGCUAUUCGUGUUCGAAUAGGCGAUCGCCAGUUUGGUUCGCUGUUCUUCACCAACACUCAGGAGGUAAAACCAGAAGAUGUUCAAGUUACCUUCGACGAUGUUCGAGGAAUGGAUGAAGCAAAGCAAGAGGUUGAAGAAAUUGUGGAUUAUCUCCGUGAUCCUGAGAAGUACUCUCGUCUUGGCGGUCGUCUUCCCAAGGGUGUACUGUUAGUGGGACCUCCUGGAACCGGCAAAACGCUUCUAGCGAGAGCCAUUGCUGGCGAAGCACAGCUAUUCAAUGAAACCUACCCCUUUGACGAAGUGUUAGUCGGUCAAGGGGCUCGUAGAGUGCGUGAUCUGUUUGACAAGGCCAAGUCUAGAGCUCCAUGCAUAAUCUUCAUCGAUGAGAUUGACAGCGUCGGUUCAAAGCGAGUCUCCAACAGUAUACACCCCUAUGCAAAUCAGACGAUUAACCAGUUGUUAAGCGAAAUGGAUGGAUUCAACAGAAACGAAGGUGUAAUAGUGAUUGCAGCGACAAAUCGCGUGGAUGAUUUAGACAAGGGCUCUACCGGUUUCACUGGUGCUGACAUAGAAAACAUGGUCAAUCAAGCGGCAUUAAAGGCUGCCACUGAAUCAGCUCCAGAGGUCACAAUGGCCCAUCUUGACGAAGCGAGGGAUAGAGUACUCAUGGGCCCAGCUCGUACUGGUGGACGGAUACCAGAUGAGGAGGCAAAUAGAAAUACUGCAUAUCAUGAAGCUGGGCAUACCUUAGUUUCUCUCUACACAAAACAUGCGACUCCUCUACACAAGGUCACUAUCAUACCGCGUGGCCAAUCGCUUGGUCACACUGCUAUGUUACCCGAAAAAGACGAAUAUCAGAUGACGAAGGGCCAAAUACUCGCCGCUUUAGACGUCAUGAUGGGAGGAAGAGUGGCGGAGGAACUCAUCUUUGGUGAUGAUAUGGUUACGACUGGUGCUGCUGAUGAUUUGAAGAAAGCAUCGCAGUUGGCUGUGCAAAUGGUGAAAGCCUUUGGGAUGAGCGAAAAGGUUGGGCUACGAGAUUUCACUGCUGAGGAUUCGUCUACGUCAGCUUUGAUCAAAAUGAGUGAUUUGAGUCCUCACACAGCAGAGGCUAUCGAUAGAGAAAUCAACCAAGUUUUAGCAGACAGCUAUCAACGAGCAAAAGAAAUCCUUGUGAAGCAUCGG